GAGGCGCAGUGAGAUUGAAGACUCCGACCUUCGACAUUCUAGUGAUCGUGGCGCAUCAUCCCCCACCGCAGAAGCACCAGGUGGAUCAUUGGACGAGUACGCGCGCAAAGCUGACGGGGUGGCUUCAUCGUACGAUUCAGCGUGCCAAGGCCCGAAGCAUGGUGAUAGUGGGGGCAGACAGGAUCUCCGAGUUCGGGAAAAAAAAAGCAGGAGCUAGUGGGACUCCGACGGCGACAAGAGACGACGUGCAUGUAGGCCAGUUUGCGAACAGCUUCGAGAAUGGAGUGAGCGCCGCUUUGUGGCGCAUGAUGACCAUGGAGGGCAUGGCUGCGAUCGACACCUUCUACGAUACUGGGCCCACGCUCUUCGGAGCACAGCCCCACAUCUCCUCUCAUCCCGACCACCUGUGGAGCCCAUGCGACGCCGUACAAGCUACACAGGCCUGCGUGUGUCUACGAAGAGCGAUGCGGGAUCUCCAGCGCAUCCCAUCACCGCACCUACGAGACCAUUGCCCUAUGCUGUGGAAGUUGAGAUAUCGGCCGCAGAUGACACCCCGCACGGAGACGGACGAAGUACGAUGGGAUCAUGGCGCACCAGAGUUCAUGGCGGAACUAGAGCGACGGACGGAGCGCAGCGCUCCCUCCUGGCGCAGAGAGAUUCAGGCAGCGGACCCGUGGAUGGCGUGGGCGAACCUAGUGGCGGACGUUCGGGAGGCGGCCAAGAUCGAGUUUACCGACCAGCGCAGGACCGACUUCGGCUACGAGCAUGCGACCGCGAACUCAAGAGAGUACGCCUUCGACUGGAUCGAGAGCGAGUGGCCAGUGCGGCGGAGGGCGGGUUCUCAGCCACACGAGCUCUGGGACCAGGAUUUCCUAGUGCUGCUGCCCUGGGCCAACGAGAACUGGACGACCCUGAUGGAGAGUGGAAAGAACGUCGAGGCAGACCAGGUACGGCAGCGUACGAUGACUGGACGAAUACACUGGCGUGCUUGGAGAAGGCUGCGAGGCGGCGCUAUUCACCCCCUCACUCUGUUCCUGGCGAGGUUCGUGGAAAGGCUAUUCGGCAUCUUGCGCCAGAUCAGGCAGUCCUGUCGCACACCGCACCAGUGGCAUUGGUCACGCACGUUUCAAUUGAGUAAAGGCAACGGUAAGAGAGGGACGAAAGCGAUGAGGCUGAUACACUGUUACUGCCCGUUCGGCAAAGCUUGGUACAGAGGCAUCUUUGUGCGACACGAUCGACCUCGGCUUCCUGACCAUGCACACGGCUACGCUGCUCAUCGGUCUCGCCAGAACGCGCAGUUGGUGGCCAAGCUGCACUCCUGGAGACUGCGCAAGAAGCCCGUGCCGCACCUGCAGGUGAAGAAGGACAUGAGCAAUGCCUCCCCGUCGACAGACCACGAAUUACUCGAGCAGGUGGUCGGAGAGGUGAUCCCAGAUAUGCAGGACCAGCUCUUUCUACGGCAUAGGCACCGAGAAGCUGCUAUGGAGAUUCAAGCUGGCGAGGAGCGCGGCUUCGUUCUACCUGCACACGGAGCGGGCAUGGGCGACGGCAACGCGCGUGAGAUGUUGGUUCGUUCUUUUGUCAAGCCGCUGGAGGCCUGGAAUCAGAUCUUGAGGGUGUGCCCCCGCGACGUCGUGGACACAGGCUGGGGCGGACCUGCUCCACUCAUGGAGGCGGCGACGCUGAUUGACUCGCCCAUCCACGGGGAGCAGAUUGACAUAUCGAUGCGAGACUACGCUGAUGACGUCUCGCAGACACUGCCGCUACCUGACGGCAACCCACUUCGAGCUGCUAGGGGGCAGGUAAAAGCUGAGACUGUGUACACCUCACAGGUGGAGCUGGAGCGGACGUUCGUCUUCGGGUCGAGGACCGAGUUGCUGAUUCGACGCCUUGGUUACUGGCAGCGCCUGGCGUUUCACCCCGCGGAUUCUGUUCAGGUUGUUGCGGCACUCUUCGGGCAGUUCACAGCGCCCGGUGAGUCUCCGACGUUCACCCCCUCUGGAUGGAUCCGACCUGGCGCCAACCCCUGGGCCCAGCAGCUUCAGAAAGAUGUCCAGAUCCUGGAGGCACUCCCCCAAGGUAAGUACUUCCUGGACAAAGGCUACACCAUCAGGGACAGAUUCACUAACUUUAGAGUUGCAGCGCACUUCAGGAGCAUAGACGUCAAGGGCUUUAGGAGGGCUUACUGGGAGCAG